CUUUCCUAUUCGAGCAGAUAUAUCAUUGAAAAUAUGGUGAUAAUAAAUAAUAAUUCUGAGGAUGCCGAGUUUGAUGAGAUAUUGGAAAGAGAUUUUACUAGUGUUUUUCGGAACGGGUACAUCACAGUAGAGGGGGUAACAAUGCCGAAAAGAUUUGAGGAUUUGAAAAACAACAUCCGCAAUUGGAAUGUGAGGGAAGAUGAUGUGUGGAUUUGUAGUUUCCCAAAAACAGGAACUACUUGGACGCAGGAAAUGGUCUGGAUGAUAACGAAUAAUCUGGACUUUGUUGGCGGCCAAGCAAAUUUGGGACACAGGUCACCUUUUUUAGAGGUUUCAGCACUGUUCGACUAUAGGGAGUUCAAAAAAGAAAACCAGGAUUUUCAACCACCUCCAUUUUUAGAUGACUCUUUGGAGUUUGUUAAACACCAGAGUCUAAAAGGUCCCCUAUGCCUCAAAACACAUCUUCCUUGGGCGUUGUUACCCAAAGAAAUUCAAGAUAAUACCAAAAGUCCGAAGAUAAUUUACGUAACCAGAAAUCCCAAAGACACCUGCAUUUCGUACUUCAAUCAUUCCAGAUUGAUGGAAGGAUAUAGAGGAAAUUUUGAGGAUUAUUGUAGAUUGUUCUUAGCAGGAAAAUUACCUUUCGCUCCAUUCUGGAAUCAUGUCCUACCUUUCUGGGAGAGAAGAAACCAGCCAAACAUUCUCUUCCUGAAGUACGAGGAAAUGGUCAAAGAUCUACCUGCAAUCAUAAGAAAAGUCGCGGAGUUCCUGGAAAAACCUCUGUCUGAUGACCAGGUCGAGGUCCUCAGCAGUCAUCUUAGUUUCGAAAGCAUGAAAAAGAACCCGGCUGUCAAUUACGAAAUGGUGGUAUCCCUAAACAGAAAGUACAACCUGAUACACUGCGAAGGAAGUUUCAUGAGAUCGGGAAAAGUGGGGGAUUACAAGGCUAAGAUGUCGCCUGAGGUUAUCUGCAAGUUUGAUGAGUGGACAAAGGAGCAUACGGAAGGAUUGGAUUUAUUCGACUAGGACUCCAGACUUUUGUACUUCAUUCAUACUCAAAUAAAGGCUAUUUUUAUUUUUGGUAAUG